AUGCUUCGAAAAGCAGGUGACUCGCUAGGCACAGUUAAUGGAGUGACAUAUAAAGAAUAUUUCGACGACUCCAGUCACACAGUACUUACUCCAUCACCGAAGAAACUUUCGACGUAUGAACCACAAAAAGAGGAAAUCUUUUAUAAGGUAAGCUCAGUCUUUACUCUACAUGAGGAGGACGAGGUGAAACCAUCCGAACAAAAACAUUCUGAGGAGUUCGUGGAGCCUGAAGACGAUGAAAAAGACAAAGACGCGUUACAUGUUGUUGAACGCCCAGAUGUGCCCACUCCGGAGGAACAUAUUGUGGUUACAGAGGUUCCCACAGUUGGUUCGCAAGGAGACACUGCGUUAAGCGAAGACUUGCAGGCCACAGCUGUAGAGAAAUAUAUUGAAUUUAGCCCCAGCAUGUCGCCACCUGCUUUAGAGAAAGGUCAUGAUUACCGUUUUGAUACAGAACGCUCUAGAUUAUCUGACAGUGAGCAUUCACUAGUAUCGUCGACGAAGGUGGAAGUAGGAUCUCAACCAGACUUGGGAUCCGUGGACGCAAGUUCGUACGAAUUGGUCUCCCUUAUCGGCUCAAGCCUAGUUUCUAAGCCACUAAUGGAAGCACAGAGCGAAGGAAAGUGCCAGAAGAAGAAGAAGACCUCUAAAAAACUGAGAAGGGUUUCAAAAUCUGUGCCUCACGUAGUGCCGGAGGAGAUGCAACAUCUAAACGAUUUCAGCCGAGUAGUUACACAGGAAGCUAUCUACGCCGAGAUGUCGUCCGGCGAUGACGCCUUCGCUGCGAACCAAGACCAAUACGAGGACGAAGAGGAAUCGUCUUACAGUUCAGAAAGUGACGACGAUGCCUCGCAGACGAACAGCCAAGAAAUUGACGACCUAGCUAUUGAAAGCAGCUCGAGUUUUCCUGCACCUGCAGCCCCCCCUGCUUCUGCAACGAGCAGUCCAGACGGGUCCAGCAGUGCCGCCUCCCAUCGAGAGGUAUCUCAGUCGAGUGACAGCACAUUUCAGGACGAAUCAGGAAGCAGAAUCUCGUGUGGACAAGGCAGUUUGGGUUUGGAACUACUGACGGAGUCCUACAUUGAUCAACUCGGCCACGAGAGCAGUGAAGGGCUCAUGUCGAACAUACUCGAGCAUCCAGAGAUGAGUCUCUCUUCGUUAAGUCCAGAGCGCAAUACCGACGUCGAAAACAGCAAGUCUCCAUCCCCGCGCGCCACAGGAUCUGCGUGCGUCUCCACCACUACCGCGAGUUCGCGACAGGAGGAACGCGAGUGCAAAGCGAGAAGGUUAGAGAGAUUGGUUGAAAAGUUGUGCCAUGAUUUCGUUGCACAGAAUCCGGCUGUGAAGCAGAACCCUGCGUCGCUGGUGUCGUACUUCGAGAACGCUGGCGCAAUAAUCCGUUCUCUGCCUGUUACCGAAAUGAAGCGCAGUUUCAAAAAUGUCUCGAAGGAUAUUUCGGCAGCCGCAACACCGACGGACAAGUCACAAGCUAGUUCCGAAUCGUCGCAAGUUGCGUCACUGGACAGCAUAAGACCCACUCGAAGAUAG